CACCACAUCUACCUGUCACCAGUGUCACACUGCCAGGACCACCGCCACGCUCACCUUUACACCACUGCCAUCAUGGUCUUUUUGCCUUUAACAUGUGCUGUGGUCAUCAUCAGCUGUGUUUAUGGAGGACCUCCAUUACCUCCUUUGCCAACGAAAGAUGGCUGCUACCUGGUCGAUCCAGAGGUGGCGACAUUCAGAGUGGAGGGUGAAGCAGUAAUCCUCUCUUUCCCGAUAUUCAGCCAUGUUCUUGAAAAACGCAACAUUGCCCCCCCAACCGCUGAGUACUCCAUCACCAAGGACAAUGAGAUGGAGGGCACAAACUAUCAGGGACGUGUUCAGCAGCAGGAUAACCAGCUGUGGCUCCUCCCAGCUGUGGCUUCAGACUCAGGGAAAUACACCUGCACAUACAGAAAUGAGACCUACUGCGUAACUGGAAGUAUCAAGCUGCACGUGUACGAGCCCACUUUAGUAGACAUGAAAAAGCUGACGCAUAAAGUGACAGCCGCAGUGGGAGAGACGCUGACAUUAGAGUGUCCAUCUCUGCGUAACUUCAACAAGACGGACAGCAUGAUAGAGUGGUACAAGGACUCCAACACCACUGCUUCUCCAGCAGGCAGAGCAGGGUCCUUCCAACAGCACAGAGGCAAACUGAUGAUCCCAGCUGUGAAGCGAACCCAUGCAGGCAUCUACACCUGCAAGCUCAGGGUGCGCAUUAACAACCAGCAGUACAAAGUCAGCAGAGUCUAUCUUCUCCAUGUGCAAGGCCCUGAUCCUGAGAUCACAACCAAAUCCACUGUGCCUAACAUCUCUGUGACCUCUGACCUUGGGUUAAUCAGCACCAGCACUGUCAACACUCCAAUAGUUCAGCCACCUGUGAUUGUUUCACCACUAAAUGGAACCGUUUUUGAAAGUCCACAUGGUUCAGGACUGAAACUGUUCUGUCAGGUGCUCACCGAAUGUCAAACAGCAGAUUCUACUGAGGUCACGUGGUUGGUAAAUAGCCAGACAGUGGAGUCAUCGUACCUUGACAAGCGUGCUCUGCAGGGGGGAAGAAGGGUUACCAGGGUGUCCAAAGGCUGCCAGAUUGAGUUGAGGCUAAUUGUCGAACCAAUAACAGAAGAAGACGAGAAGUCAGAGUUAAAAUGUGUCACUCAGAACAAAGGAGGAAGACGAGAAGUUGUUGCACAGCUUCGACUAGAAGACUCCACCUUUACAUGGGUGGUUGUGGCUGCAGGGGCUGUGAUCUCAUUCCUCACAGUGGUCUCUGUGUUUCUCUACGUCCUCUUCAAACCUAGAAGGAAAAAGAACAGGGAUUACUUUCUGGCUCGGCAGAGCAGCACCUUCUAGCUCUGGCGCUGUGCACGCUUCCUCAUCAGAGACCUCCUUUUAAACUUUACCUUUUACAUCAGAUUAUUUUUUAUGCAUUACUUCCGUGUGAUAUCCAGGAGCAGCACCACGUCUUUCUUAGGGUUGUCCAUAAAAUUCACUGCUAAAGGCUGCUAAUCAGCGAAUGAAUAACUUUAUGUUUGUUAUUGAUGUUAUAGUUUUCUGGGGGGAUUCACUGGAAUGAAUUAAACAAAUACCUCUCUGACA